GCUUAGCAAACACUUUACACUUAAGUCUUUUCGUAGAAAGAACGAACAAGUAUUAUCAGCAUUUGUCAAUUCCCAGAAUAAAUUGCUUAAUAGAAGGCUAUAUUUCUAUACUUAUAAUUACCAUUAUUAUCAUGGAUCUAAAGUUAAAAGACAACCCUCACAAUUAUCAAGUCAAUCGUUUGCCACCCGUGUCAUCAGGUUUAACAAGGGACGUAAAUGUUUGUCACCCUGGAGGCUUGUACUAUCAAAGGACUAUAGACCUGGGCUAUAUGCAGCCUCCUGGUGUUAAUGACCCCAGUUGGAAGCUAGAAAAAUAUUUUUCUCCCAUAGUGUUGACUGGAAACUGGACUGAGAAUAGACUAUCGUGGAACAGAGACCAAGCUGAAAAGGCAAUAUGCCAACGACCAAAGACAAGUUCAUAUCUACCUGAUAGACAGAAAGCUCUCCAAAACAAACAGAGGAACAACACAGGUGUUGGAGACGAUCUUAUAACCAAUUACAGCGAAAUAUAUGACAAUAAUCAGAUUACAAUGUAUGAUGAGGAUUAUAACCAACGAUGGAGAGACAAAAAUUUACCGACUUUAAGAACCUGGAAUUUUACACACGAUGCCUGGAUUCCUGAAAAGAGUGACCAUCCUUAUUUUGGAGCCCCAACACAAUUUGGUUUGCUUAAAGCUUUAAGGAAAAAAUGGGUCAAAAAUCUGAGAGAUGAUGAAGAUACAUAUAAUACAAUUUAUCGGCUUGACUUUACAAAAUAUCCUCCAGAAAAAUUUGUGCGCAAACACGCUACCUGUGUAGCUCCAUUUGCUCGAGCAGAGAGAAGAUUUGGAAACUUACCAUGUAUUUUUCCUCACCUAACAAACCAUCAGUAAUUUUUUUACUAUUUAUACCUGCUGUAUAAAUACAUUUGACAUUAUU